AUGCGAAUCCCUACGAGCCCUUCUCUCUUAUCGCCGGCGAAUUACGAUAAUGAUGCGGCCUCACUGCGAUCGCCAUCCGAGCAGGACUCCGACUCGGAAGAUGACGAGUUUCUCCGCCAUCCCCGCAGUACCCUGGAGCUUGCCAGCCACGACCGGGCAGUCUUAGACGACGAGGAUGAAUUGGAAAAGCUGCUGACGAGGCGCGGUCCCGCCCAUGGGCUGCGCAGGAUGUUCAGUCCGAGUGGAGGACACGUGCGGAUCGGGAAGAAGGAACGGCGACGGGCGCGCAAAGAAGCACGUCGCCGAGAAAGAGUCAGUGAGGAAGGGGAGCUGAUGUACGAGAUGGAAGAGGGACUCAAUGAUGAUGAUUCCCUCAUCAGUAGUUCGUCCUCAGAGAUCGAUGGAAUGGAGGAUUAUCUGUACGAACCGCCAGCCAAACCGUCAUGGAUAAAGUACUUGUUCAUAUCCACCAUUGUCGCCGUCCUCUUCUUCAUUAUUCUACUAGGAGCAUACAAGGCAUCGACAGGUUAUAGAGCAGAGCACGCCAAUGCCCAAACGCUGCUCUCGAAUGGCACUGCACUUUUCGGCCCUACAACUAUCUUGAUCUCACUCGACGGAUUCCGUGCUGAUUUCCUGGAUCGAGGUCUUACACCAGCUCUCGACUCGCUCGUCGCCAACGGUGUUUCUCCGCAAUACAUGUACCCUAGUUUCCCGAGUGUGACUUUCCCGAACCAUUUCACACUGGUGACAGGACUAUACCCAGAGAGUCACGGUGUCGUUGGAAACACCUUCUGGGACCCGGAAAUGGGAGAGGAGUUUAUCAACACCCAUACCUCUAUCAGCAUGAUGCCCAAGUGGUGGAAUGCUGAGCCCCUAUGGGUAACCGCUGGAAAUCAAGGUGUUAGAAGUGGGAUCCACAUGUGGCCGGGUUCCGAGGCUCAUAUUGGAGGCAAAGAACCUGCCUAUGUGGACAAAUAUAAUGGAUCAGAAUCUUUGUCGCGAAAAGUGAAUCGCGUCCUGGAAUUCCUUGAUCUUCCCGGCGCAGAAGAUGAAUCGCACCUGGUACCAGAGCGACCUCAAUUUAUUGCCGCAUAUGUGCCCGAUGUGGACCGGGAUGGCCACAAGUUCGGGCCCAACAGCACCGAAAUUCGAGGCACCAUUUCCCAUGCAGAUGAGAUGGUGGCAGGUAUCCUUGCGGGCUUAGAGCUCCGCAACCUCACAAAUCUUGUCAACGUUGUGGUUGUCUCAGAUCAUGGCAUGGCCACAACAUCCAACGAUCGACUUGUUCAGCUUGAUGACCUGAUCGACAUGAACCUCGUCCAACAUAUUGAUGGAUGGCCAUCCCGUGGUCUGCGUCCAAAGCGACCGGAAGAUCUUCCAGUCUUGCAAGAGCAGUUGGCAAGGGUAGCAUCCGAUUACGAACACGCGAUCGAAAUAUACACCAAAGAGACCAUGCCUGAGCGCUAUCACUUUACGAACAGCGACCGAAUUGCGCCUCUGUGGGUCAUCCCAAAGACUGGCUGGGCCAUUGUCGAGCGCCCAGAGUUCGACGUGAAGGAAGCCCUGAAGACUGGUGAGAUCUAUUACCCGCGAGGUAUUCAUGGAUAUGACCAUGAACACCCGUUGAUGCGAGCGAUCUUCAUCGCCCGUGGUCCAGCCUUUCCCCACACACCCAACAGUCGCCUCGAAGUCUUUCAAAAUAUUGAGGUUUACAACAUCCUUUGCGACUCUAUGGGUAUCGAACCCCACCCUAACAAUGGGACCUUGCGUCUGCCCUUGAAGCCGAUUGGCCUUCACUCCGACGAGAACACGCCGACUCUCGAACGGCCAGCUGAUCCACCAGAGCUGCCAUCAACAAUAAUAGCGGCACCGCCUGAGCCCACCUUCCCAGCAUCUGAAGCCCCAGCCGAAUCGUCUACUUCGGAUACCGACAGGGAAGACGAAAAGGUGUCGACAUGGUGGGGUCCUCUAUACGAUAAAUUCGAAGAGUGGAAACAUUGGACCAGCGAUUUGUUUUCGUCGGUGAAAGACAACCACCCGCAGCAGCAAUAA